AUGGAGUUGUUAAAGGAUGCAUUUCCUAUGUGUGAGAGACUACCUAGCUCGAACUAUGAGGCAAAAAAGAUUGUCAACGAUCUAGGCCUUCAUUAUGAGAAGAUAAAUGUGUGCAAAGAUGAUUGUGCACUUUAUUAUAAGGAGUAUUCAGAAGCAACUCAAUGUCCAGUUUGUAAACUGUCAAGAUGGCAGCCAAAUAAGGGUGGUAAAGGAAAAAAUAAAAAGGUACCAUGGAAGGUUUUGCGGUAUUUUCCACUUAAAUCAAGGCUACAACAAUUGUUUAUGUCAACAAAAACUGCUGCGGAUAUGAAAUGGCACCAUGAAAAACGUGUUAAUGAUGGAGUGUUACGACAUCUAGCAGAUUGUGAAGCUUGGAAAAAAUUUGACCAAAUUCAUGAGUCAUUCGCAAUGGAUCCUUGUAAUGUUAGGCUUGGACUAGCUACAGAUGGGUUUAACCCAUUUGGAAAUAUGAGUCCAAAGGGUCCUGGGAAUGACAUUGAUGUAUUCUUGAGGCCGUUGAUUGAUGAGCUGAAAGAAUUGUGGGAAGAUGGGGUGUGUACAUAUGAUGCUUCAACAAAUGAGAACUUUCAGAUGAGAGCAGCAGUGUUGUGGACUAUCCAUGACUUUCCUGCAUAUGCUGUUAUUUCUGGUUGGAGUACAAAGGGAAAUUUGGCGUGUCCUUGUUGUCAUAAUGAAACUACCCAUUACAGGUUACGAAAUGGAUAUAAGAUAUGUUAUAUGGGACAUUGCCGUUUUUUGGCGUUAGACCACAAAUGGCGUAAUAAGAAGUCACAAUUUAAUGGUAAAAAAGAAAGGAAGACAGCACCCAAACGGUUAUCUGGUGAUGAUGUGUUAAAACAAAUUCGUCCAUUAAAGCCAAUUAUAUUUGGGAAACGCCAGAAAAAGCAAUUUCUAGAAGGGCAUGGGAAGUUUCAUAAUUGGAAGAAGCAUAGCAUUUUUUUUGAAUUGCCAUAUUGGAGAACACUUUUGUUACGUCACAAUUUGGAUGUGAUGCAUGUUGAAAAAAAUAUAUUUGACAGUGUGAUUGGGACAAUUAUGAAUAUUAAAGAUAAGACGAAGGAUUCUUUAAGCACUCGUCUUGAUCUAAAAGAAAUGGGUAUACGACAUACGCUCCACCCCAUAGAGGUUAAUGGAAAGAUAGAGCUACCUCCAGCUUGCUAUACACUGUCAAAUGAUGAGAAAAGGGCCAUAUGCUUAUGGCUAAAAAAUCUUAAAUUUCCAGAUGGCUAUUCUGCAAAUUUAUCUCGAUGUGUGAAUAUUGAGGAGAGAAAAAUUUCUGGUAUGAAGACUCAUGAUUGUCAUGUUUUCCUAGAAAGAUUACUCCCACUUGCAGUGCGUGACUUUUUACCUAAAAACGUAUCUGAUGCUUUGACUGAGUUAAGUAACUUUUUCAAAAGAAUUGUGUUCUAA